AUGGUCCUAACAUCUUUCGUAGAAUCCCGAGGGCGGCUAUUCCGCUCACUCAAGCCUCCUCCCGCAUCAAAGAAGCCCAGGAAGCCAGUAGAAGAACCUCCUAUCACACCUCCUGCGCUUGCCAACGAAAAUACCUGGAAUGGCAUCUUUCCUGACGCAGAUGCCAAUAUGGAAGCAACGUCCGAAUAUGUGCAAGAAGGACUACGCAAACUCUUAUCUCACGAUACGCUUAUAGUAACGCGUCAAAUUGAGAUGCUCAACAUCUUCCUUGGCUACGAGCAGGCGAAUAGAUAUGCUAUCAUGAACCAGAACGGGGAGCAUGUCGGAUUUAUAGCGGAGCAACAACGAAGCCUGCUGUGGAAUAUUGGCCGACAGUUGAUGCGAACCCACCGCCCUGUCCGAGCAUUAGUUAUGGAUACGCAAGGAUUUCCACUCCUAUGGGUCCGACGGCCGUUCCAAUUCAUCAACUCACGCAUGUAUGCACAACGACGUCCAUUCGACACUUCGGACGAGGCUCUGGAAACUUUUGGAGAGGUACAGCAGAUAUGGCAUCCUUGGCGACGCAAGUACGACCUCUUCAUGCGUAAAGAAGGCAACGAGCACUCGGCGCGUGAGACAGAGACAUCCGACCACCACUUUACCCAAUUUGCGCGUAUCGACGAAGGUCUCUUCUCCUGGCAUUUUACACUCCGCGACCGGCGUGGUGAUGAGAUUGCGAGCGUUGAACGUGGUUUCCGAGGAUGGGGACGCGAGCUAUUUACGGAUACAGGUCAAUAUACUGUCCGUUUCACUCCAACACCCCUCAACCCUGAAAUACCGGGUGCCCGUGCACCACCAGGAUCGAGGCAGUUGACGAUGGAUGAACGAGCGUUAGUCCUCGCUCUGAGUCUCGACGUCGACGUAGAUUACUUUUCUCGUCAUAGCGAAAAUCACAGCGGGAUGCCGUGGUGGCUGCUUCUUUUUGGCGGCGGCGGUGAUGAAUAA